CUCCCCCCAGUCAAGGAAAGAGUGCGUGUGCAUCAGAGCUGAGUGGAGGGCUAGCCAGCCAAUCGGCUUGCUUCACACUGGCUCUGUCAUCGGGUGCUGAUAUUGAGGAAGGAUUCUAAAAGCUGCUCCGUUUUGGUGUGUUUGGAAGGGCUGAUGAAAUGCCAGGAUUGGGUUGCCUCUAGGGAGAGCCUCUCUGCCUUAUAAUGUGAGCCGGUAGCAUCCAGGCUCGGGGCUCGCUCACCGCCAUCGACCCAGCAGGCCUAGGGGGAGACCAAGCACUGGCCUGCUCCGCUACCCCUUCUUUUCUCUUCCUCCGUCGGAAGGGGGGGAUUUUUUUUUGCUACCGUGAAGAGAGAGAGAGAGAGAGAGAGAGAGAGAGAGAGAGGGGAUCGUCAUCCCCCCAUCAAUCCCUUGUUCUGUGGUGGCUCCCUCCUCCCCCUCUUGCUCCCCCUCCUCCACCACAGUCACCUCCUCCGCUCUCUCUCGCUUUUUUCCCCCUCUUCCUUUUAUUCUUCUAGAGGUGCUUUUGGAAAUAGCAGACCUCCAUGUAUGACAAUUUGUACCUGCAUGGAUUUGAAGACUCGGAGGCGGGCUCAGCUGAUUCCUACACAAGCAGACCAUCGGACUCGGAUGUCUCUCUGGAGGAGGAGCGCGAGGUGCCAGGCCAGGUCCAGGGCCAGAGCCCGAGCCAAGGGGGCCAGGGGACCCAGGCCCCACCCCAGAGCCGGGAGCAGAAGGAACAGCAGGCCGCAGUGCAGCUGGAGAGAGCCAAGGCUAAAGCUGUGGCCUUUGCUGUGAAGACCAACGUAAGCUACUGUGGGGCGUUGGACGAGGACGUUCCUGUGCCGGCAACUGCCAUCUCGUUUGACGCUAAGGACUUCCUUCACAUAAAAGAGAAGUUCAACAACGACUGGUGGAUUGGCCGGCUGGUCAAGGAGGGCUGUGAAAUCGGCUUUAUCCCCAGCCCCCUGAAGCUGGAAAACAUCCGAAUCCAGCAGGAACAGAAGAGAGGCAGAGUUCAAGGUAAGUCUGGAGGGAACUCAUCCUCAAGUGUAGAGGAUGAGGUGUCCGCUUCGAUCAGACCCCUCAUCUCCUCUGCAGGAAAGCAGAAACAGAAAGUGACGGAACAUGUCCCCCCGUACGACGUGGUACCGUCCAUGAGGCCCGUGGUGCUAGUGGGACCCUCCCUCAAGGGCUACGAGGUGACAGACAUGAUGCAGAAAGCUCUCUUUGAUUUCCUCAAGCACAGAUUCGAUGGCAGGAUAUCGAUCACGCGCGUCACAGCAGACAUAUCAUUAGCCAAGAGGUCUGUUCUGAACAACCCCAGCAAGCGGGCCAUCAUCGAGAGAUCCAACACCAGAUCCAGUUUAGCUGAGGUGCAGAGUGAGAUAGAGAGGAUCUUUGAGCUGGCCAGGUCCCUACAGCUUGUGAUCCUGGAUGCUGACACCAUCAAUCACCCAGCCCAGCUACUCAAGACCUCCUUGGCUCCCAUCAUCGUUCAUGUCAAGGUCUCCUCUCCAAAGGUUCUGCAAAGGCUGGUGAAGUCCAGAGGGAAGUCCCAGAGCAAGCAUCUGAACGUACAGCUGGUGGCAGCUGACAAACUGGCCCAGUGUCCUCCAGAGAUGUUUGACAUAAUUCUGGAUGAGAACCAGUUGGAGGACGCAUGUGAACACCUGGCUGAGUACCUGGAAGCCUACUGGAAAGCCACCCACACCUCCAUGGCCACGCCCCUCAACCCCCUGCUGGGUCGCAACCUGGGCCCCACCGCCCUCACCCCGUACCCCACCACCAUAUCUGGACUACAGGAGGUGAACCAGCAGACCCAAAGAAUGAGACAACACAGCAACCACACGGGAGACCACUCCACGCCCAACGAGCGUCGCAACUUGAUGACCGCAGAUGAGAACUACCACAACGAGCGGGCGCACAAAGGACGCAACCGCAUGUCGUCGGGCUCACAGCACAGCCGAGACCAAGACCCGUACCACCAGGAUUACCAGGACCCCUACCAGGACUCCUACAAGCCCCACCGCAACCGCUCCUCCCCGGGCAGCUACAGCCAUGACUCCCGGCACAGGCUUUGAGCCCCAAAGACGUCCCAGCUUCAUAACCCCAGUGGGCCUCAAGUCAACCCUCCGGGGCCACAGAGCCAAAAUGGUUUCCGCCCAAAAUAUUAUAUCAAAUAUUGUGUUGUUUUUUUUCGAUAUGUUGUUCUUCAGAUGUUAAUUCUGGAGUAGUCUCGACCCCCUAAAAGAAAUCACCUCGUAUUCCGAUUCAGUCUCUCCAUGGUGCCUGAGCAGGCACUCCUGUCAUUCAACACUUGAUCUCAGCAUGUGAAAGAAGGACAUAACGCUAAAACGUAUUGCAACAUGAAUGAUGGUUGGGAUCUUUUUAGUUCACAUGUACCCCAUACAGAGAGCAGGGUCGAAGGUAAUAACAGCUGUGUGAGAUAUUGAGAUUUGGUACUUUGCUAAGCUAAACCAAGCUAAGCUUUAUCUUGCAUUGUUAGAUGCUAGUGACGUGUGCAGUUCUAGGCUCGAAAAGGACAAGCAUUUGCCAGAGCAUGCAGUGGUAUUUUGACCAGAAGUCCCCAAAACAUUCUAUUGUUUGCAUGCAGACUGAGAGACUGCCAACAGAAUCGUCAGCAACUAGGCACUCAUAGCACCUAUCUGUUGUCAUUAGGGGGUGUAUAAUUAGCAACGGUCUGUAAUGAGCGGAAGUGGUCUGUUUUCCCAGCUCUAAUGAUUCUCUGAAAAGAUGCAAAUGGAGUAUUUGGUUUGGUUCGUUAAUCGGUGGAUUGACACGUCAGAUACAGUGUGCCUGUCUAGCUGGGCCUUUCUUCCUGUAGCUUAGUUAGAGUAAUAUGAUUUGGAGUGUAUGGGAGCGCUGAAGCUGGCCACACCCAGCGCUACCAUGGUUUUCUCUCAGCAACAGUCGAUACUUUUGUGUAUCAAUAUUUCUCGCUUCUGCUACUUAAAAGAUAUUAUAACAAGGAGCAGACGUGUCAACCAAUCAGUGUUUGCCUCAUCUCUAAGCCUCAUGAUUGGUUGACUAUUCAUGCUGCCUCCUGUGUUUUCAGAAAUGCUUGUCUAACCUUGGAUUAUGUCUUCCCAGGGUCCUUUGCAUCAUGUUCAUUGACUCUCUGUGUAGCUGGCAUGUUAUUCCUGACUGACAAAAGCAUGCUUCCUUUGGUAGUGAUACCCCAGUGUAAAAUAGAGGAGUAGGUUUCAGAAGGAAGGGCACACAUUGGUGCAAAAUAGAUGCAGUCCAAUUACUUGAACUUUAUGGUGGGUAAUUGAAUACCUGAACAACAAAAUGGGUUUCAAUUAAUUCGGUCAGUUUCUAGCAACAAUUUUUCUUCAGCAAUUCAUAAAUGGGUUUGGAAAAAAUAUUUUCCCAGACUUGGUUCUUUUAAUACUAUUACAGUUUCAGUGUGUGACAUGUUUUUACAUUGGGUUAAGUUCUAUCUACCAACCCCAGAAACCAAUGUCGGUCAAGUACCAAACCAUCUUAUUUAACAGACAGUUUCACUGUCUGGCUCAUUACAGAGUACAGUAUUUUAACCAUGCAGUCUGGCCUGGGAUACUGCAGACCCAUGUGGCUGUAGCCAAAGUGAUCUAGUGACUAGAGUUGCAUUGGCUCCCUGCGCCAGAACACAGGCUUUAGAUUAGUGGUCCAACGCACUCUUUUGGUGAGCAGGAGGCACUGGCUGUUUUGUACAACAUUGAAACCAAUAUUAAAUUGUGACAAACUGAUUAAUCUUCAAAUAGCAUUGAGAAGUUAUUAAUGAGGCAGGGCAGUGCAUUUCCCUCCAAUAGAGUUGACACACUGUAGUAACUUUUGUUGCACUCGCGGAAGGUGGUGCCUUAAUAUUCUAAAACGUGAAAGAACCUCUAAAACGAUGCAGGAUCUAUUUUAUGAUAGAGCGCCAAAUGUAAGCCUGGUUGGGUCGCAGGUUUUGAUUUCCUCGCUUGUAUCUGUCUGUUUUUUCUUAUAUGCUAGUUUGUUCAUUGACUGAAAACGAGAUGGCGAACAAAGAAAAAAAGAAUCCCAGUAGGAAUAUGCUGUCGUGUAUGAGCUUGCUACUCUGUAAUAUUGUGAUUCAGGCCAAAUGAAAUGUUGGUUGAUUUAGUGGGGAGUCACUCACAGUCCAGAUUAAAAACCAGAACCAAGAUUCAGCUCUGUUGCUUGAGACAAUCAGAGGGAUUUUCUAGACCAACAUUCACCUCUCUCCCACCAGUGUCCUACACCAGUUAGUGAAUGGGUGGUACAACAUUGGGGCACUGGUACUAGCUGUAGCAUGUCAGAAACUCCUUUUCUAUUCUAUUAGGACCUGUGCAGUUGAAUUCAUAUCAUGAACUGAAUUCCAAUAGAUUUUUUUAAUUGACUGGAACUGAAAGGAAAUUGAACACAGCUCUUUUCCUUGUGAAUGCCUUGGAAAGAAAACAUUACAAAGAAUCAAAGAUAUUGUUCUUUGAACGGUGUAGAUAUAAUUUCAAAAGGUCGCUGUUAGUGAUCUAAAAAAUAAGCGCCUGUCCUGUGUUCUUUUGUCUUCUUAUAGAAAAUGAUGAGGCUCCAUUUUUGCCUCUAAAUUAAGUUACAAUUCACAUGAUUUGAUUCAGUAAUAUUGGUUUAAAUAUCAGCCAGAGCAUUAAAACAGUUAAAGGGUUUUUCUUUGGUAAAAAUGUUUUAAAAAAUGAAAAAAAACAAGAACAAAAUGACAAACAUUUAUCAUAAUAUAAGAAAAAGUAAUAGAUAAAUCUUUGCUGGUGAUUAUUUUUAUAAUAAAUACACAAUUGUACAUAAUGUCUUUGAGAAAUGCUAUUUGCUGUAUACUUGUGCUCUCAUUAAAAAGGUCGACCCUCAACGGGACGACUUGAAACCCAACAAAAGUUUCAGUAUACAAGAAGUUUCCGUAUACAGAGUUUGAGUCAUGUGCAAUACAAAAAGGCAUGCUGUUUUAAAUGAGGAAAUUUCAUGUACUAUGCAACCGCAACCGUGUACAUUGUUUCAUGCUGUGGCUACUUCUCCAACUGCCCUUUUCCAAGCAGCUUCAUCAGAACUCUAAGGACAUUUUGUGUUGAUAUUUUUUGUGGAAGAAAAACUAAACGGCUAAUGCGGUAUUGCAUGCAUAAUGUACCAUUUGAAUUUAUAAAAAACGAAUUAAAAUAAAAUAAUGUGAAAUGGGAUAUGAUUGUGUCAAAGGCAAAGCUGAAGUAACUUUAAAAGUUUUCUUUUACAAAUAAAAGAGUCGUUCUACAA